UGUGCUAUCUAUGCUUCCUGCGCUUCCUGCUGUGUCAAUGGAAUGUGGUGCAUGUUAUUAUUUGAGUGCAGAAGACGGAGUAAUAAUACCAGUUGUUUAGUACUUCGCGGUUAUACCAUGUCCAAAAACAAGCUAAAUUUAACGUUGCCACCCGGAUCUAUAGAACCUGCUCCACCAGUUACUCCUGUAUCAACGGUACCUGUAAAUAUAGAUGUUCCAGUAGUGCCAGAAAUCAUCUGUAGGCCCCAAACAAUAAAUGGGAAGAACUUCUGUUUUAGGCGAGGUACGUUAGUGGGGAAGACAAGCAUUGAAGCACUUCAGGAGAGACUGGAAGAGCUUCAGAUGGAUGAUACACAGCGCAAACGCAUGGAAUUCUUCUUAUGCCAAAAAGAAAAGAUUGGAGAAUUAAGUGAUGACGACUUUGACAAACUUGGAGAGCUUGGUGCUGGCAAUGGAGGUGUUGUGACGAAAGUUCGGCAUCGCUCCAGCGGCCUUAUAAUGGCCAGAAAGUUAAUCCAUUUAGAAGUUAAACCUGCCAUUAAGAAGCAGAUAAUUCGAGAGCUGAAAGUUCUACACGACUGCAAUUUUGCACAUAUUGUGGGGUUUUAUGGGGCAUUUUACAGUGAUGGGGAAAUAAGUAUCUGCAUGGAAUAUAUGGAUGGCGGGUCACUGGAUCUCAUCCUGAAGAAAGCUGGGCGAAUUCCAGAAUCCAUAUUAGGCACUAUUACUUCAGCUGUUCUGAAAGGUUUGAGUUACCUGAGAGAUAAGCAUGCCAUUAUACAUCGGGAUGUGAAACCAAGCAACAUUCUUGUUAACAGCGGUGGAGAAAUAAAAAUAUGUGAUUUUGGAGUCUCUGGUCAACUUAUAGACUCCAUGGCAAAUUCUUUUGUUGGAACACGCAGUUAUAUGUCGCCUGAGAGAUUGCAAGGAACACAUUAUUCAGUACAGAGUGAUAUCUGGUCUCUUGGGCUGUCAUUGGUUGAAAUGGCCCUAGGAAUGUAUCCCAUUCCUCCUCCUGAUGCCAAAACAUUGGCUGCUAUAUUUGGUCAGACAGCAGAAUCAGACGCCCACAAUCAUGUUCCGCCCUCACCAGUUAACAGUAACAAUUUUCAGGGCCCCAGUGGCCCUAGGCCUAUGGCAAUAUUUGAAUUAUUGGAUUAUAUAGUGAAUGAACCCCCACCCAAACUUCCAGCUGGUAUAUUUUCUGCAAGUUUCAAGAACUUUGUUGACAGCUGCCUGAAGAAAAAUCCUGCCGAGAGACCAGACUUGAAAACGCUUAUGAACCAUGAAUGGGUAAAGAAAGCAGAGCAAGAGGAUGUAGAUAUUGCUGGCUGGGUGUGCAGAACCAUGGAGUUGCUGCCUGCAACACCAACAAGAGUAGCUCCCAGCUUCUGAACAAUAGGGUCCUACGGCAGGAGAGCUCAAUGAAACUUGAGCUUUGCAGCGAUUGUGAUGAUUACGAUAGUAAGCAGUGACUUGAUUAACAUUUUUACAACUUAUUCUUUGUCCAGAGAUGUAAAUCUUUUUGAAAUAUACUCAUCAUUGUGUAUGUAUAUGUACAUAUAUAUCUUGGCAUCAUUUGAGAAUAUUUAGGAAGUUCUCAGCUUGUUUACUGGAAUUAUUAUGAUUUAACUACUGCCUUCUGCAUACAAGAAGUUCCGUAGUGUUCCAGCUGUUGGAUCAACAGUUGGUAUUUAGUUGUAAUGUGUAUAUAUAUUGCUGGAAUAACGAGGUGUCAGGUGUUGUAACAUGCUGCACAGAAAAUGAACCAGCUUGUGCUGUGAUUGCUAUAGUGUGGCAGAGUGGCUGUUUUGGUUUGGUGUGGAGAUUGACGAUAGUUCUCUUCCGUAGUGGCAAACUAGCACAGAAGUGUGUAUCUGUUGCAAAGUUCAUGCAUCAUAAUUUUACAUCUUAUUGAUGCAGGUCAUCAUUAUGUGCGUGUGAGUGUGUGCGCGUGCAUGCAGCAGUGUGCAUACAUAUAGGAAAUAUAAAGUUUCUUGCUGUACACAUCUGUCAAAUAUACACAUUUAUGAUGCAUUCUAUGCUAGUCAUUAUUGAGUGCGAACCUACUAUUCAGUAGCUUGUGUGGGUAUGUGUGGACAUGAAAUGUCCAUCUGUCCUGUGGCAUUGAGCUCACAUGGCACACAAACAUUUGUAUUGUUUUGGACAAAGUUUUCUUAUAAUACAGUUACAUAUAACUGAGGUCUGUGUUACAUAUGAGUACAUACCACUUUGUUAUUGAAGAAGGCUGACAUAGAGCUUAAAUUUUGAACAUUUCCCUAUAUUGGUAUUACCUACAGAGAAAUAUAAAACAAUUAAGACCACAGUCUCUACUGCUUACUGCUUACUGGCGUGGCUUGCACUUUGACUCUGAAGAAGAAAGCACUACAUUCCUGGAAAAUGUCAGUGAACUUCUGCUCGACUAUAAAGUGUCACAUCCUAGCUUCUGGUAGAAUUCUUAGAGAGCAUCAACUUGUAUUGAGAAAUCAGGAAAACAUGUGAAUAAAAGGUUCAGUGCAGCAUUAGCAUCGUUUGCAUUUUGCAGGGUGACAGCUGCCGGGAUAAAGUGCCUUAAGUGAGAGUAUUGUGUUCAGAUGCAUUGUAUACCAUAACUGAUUACUAACUGCACAGUAAACUGGCAUUUGACUCUUUAAGGUUUGUCUCUAAAAACUAGGAAGUGCAUAUUUUGUAUGGGGAUGUGUGAUAUUUCAAUGUAAAUACAGUGAUGUGUUCUACAGUUAAACAAAUGCAGAAUCUGUCAUUUCCAUUCACUAAAGUAGUCAACAUGGAAACAUAUUCUGCAAAGCUAGUUCUGUAUGCUAGCAAGUGAUUAUUCACUGGUGUUUUUCAGCUCUAACAAAGUUAACACCAUUGAUAUAUUUUAUGUUCAUACUCAAGAGUAUUCAAGACAAUUUUAAAUAACUUUGAAAGAUUUUCUAGUGUUUUAUGAGGUUUGCUUCUUGACCAGUUAACAAGGGAUCGCAUAUGACAUAUCACUGCAGUCUUCUUCUUCUUGCUGGUCUGCUCCCCAUUUCAUCCGGAGCAGGGAAUUGUUCAAUGUGCCCGCCUAUGGACCCCUACAGGAUGGCCUCAGAGUUCCUGUGAGAUCUCCUGUUCUUUUAAUAUGUAUUUGCAGGUGAGAAUUUAAGAUUAUGCCUCGAAUGAUUUACAGUUGGAGACAGUGCUCUAUUGUAUCUGUAAAAAAGAGCGUACAUUUGUUUGUUUGCUUACUAUUUGUGUUCCUGAUGUUUUCAUCUUUCUUGGGCCUGCUCAGAGGCUUGAAGGGGCACCUCCAUCACUGGACUUCCCCUGCAAAAUGCUGGUAGCCUAGACAGGGGACUGAACAUGUUACCCAGAAAAACUCAAGAAAAACCAAAAUAAAUCAAAGGAGAAGGAAUAUAUAUUAGGUCUAUUAUACUUGUAUAAGAGCCAGUCUGGUGUAUCAUGGCAUAUUUUUUCUCACAGCCAACAACAACUUCUCUUGAGGUCUGGCAGAUGGUAUUCAUGGUCAAGCUGCAUCAAUGCAACAUUCAUUGACACAGCACAUCCUUUUCAUUGCCUAUAAUAUUAUAACCAUACUGUAAAGCUGCAGUCCAAAUGCUUCCCGAUGGCUGUGAUGAACACUGUGAACCUACAGAUUCAGAUGUAAUAUCUUACUGUUUGCAUCCUGUUCUGUGUUACACUAUAGUAUUAUUAUUCAUUUAUCAUGUACAUUUGCUACAUGUUUCGAUCCAGGUGGAUUGUCAUCAGGAAAUUUUCGAAAAAUGUACUACUCGUGGGUAGUGGGUCCCUAUUAGUGAUCAUUAAUACAAAUUUCAUUAUGAUUCCUGUGUUUUGUUAUAUUUGAAUAUUAGUCUUAAAAUGUAACAUGUAACGCAGUUAAAAGUUAGAAAUUAAUUUUUUUUUUAUUUGAGCAUUAAAUGUAAGUCUGCCAUGUUGUAUCAUAGAUUAGAGGGUUUUUCUGGGAGUGUGCGUUGUUUUAUAAUUCUUUGUGCACCUUAAAGUAGAUUACAGAUGUUAUAUGGUUUCAGUGAUGUAUAGUCAUAUUGUAUAGUGUAAAUGGAUAUUUACUUAUUAUGUGGCAAUUUUCCGCAUGUAGCUGGUGUGUUCUGUUUUCCUAUUGUGGUGCCAUGAGGGACAGCAGUAAAGUUAUUCUGUAAUGAGGGUA